CAGACCUGCCGCUCAGAGAAAUAAGAAAUGGCGUCGACAGCGCACUUCUCGGAGGAGGAGAUGGCAGAGCUACGAGAGGCUUUCAGCAAAGUCGAUAUCAGUGGGAAUGGCUUCAUCCACACCAAUGAUUUAACAGACGUGUUGAAGGCAGCCAAUCUCCCUCUCCCAGGAUAUAAAGCCAGAGAACUCAUUCAGAACUUGACAACCACGGGGGAUGGCAGGAUCAGUUUUGAUGAAUUUAUUUCAAUUUUCCAAAGCCUGAAGAGUGAUGAUGUUGCUAAGUCGUUCCGAAAACAAAUCAACAAAAAGGAGGGGAUCUGUGCUAUCGGUGGGAUGUCCGAGCAGUCCAGUGCCGGCACACAACACUCUUACUCAGAGGAAGAAAAGUACGCCUUUGUCAACUGGAUUAAUAAAGCCCUUGAGAAGGACCCUGACUGUAAACACGUGGUCCCAAUGAAUCCAGAAACAGAUGACCUCUUCCAGGCAGUCGGUGAUGGCAUAGUGCUUUGUAAGAUGAUCAACUUUUCAGUGCCAGAUACCAUUGAUGAGAGAACAAUCAACAAAAAGAAACUCACGCCCUUCACAAUACAGUCAAAUCUGAACCUGGCCCUGAACUCUGCUUCAGCCAUUGGGUGCCAUGUUGUUAACAUUGGAGCUGAAGACUUAAAAGAAGGGAAACCUUACCUGGUUUUGGGUCUUUUAUGGCAAGUCAUCAAAAUCGGACUCUUCGCUGACAUAGAGAUCAGCAGGAAUGAAG